AUGAUAAAAAAAAAGUAAUUAGAAAGUUUUUUACAAUAAGUCCCUGAUUUUGAAGGUAAACCAAAUUGGAAUCUAGAAUAACAUAUGACUCCUCCUUCUUUUGCUAGUGAAAUAAUAUAAUUGAUUCUUAAUGAAGAGUCAUUAGAAAAUUUAGUAUGUGCAGAUUUUGGAUGUGGAACUGGUAUGUUAACAGCUGGAUUAUUGUGUUGUAAUGUAGCUCAUGUUUGUGCUUAUGAAUUUGAUGAAAAAGUUGCUUAAGAGACUUUAUAAACUUUAUAAGAGAUGCAUGAUGGAGCAUUUGAUUUGAUUAUUACAAAUAUUAAGCAUCAUAAAUUCCCAUCUCAUAAAGUUGACUUAGUUUUAAUGAAUCCUCCAUUUGGUACAAAGGAAGCAAAUAUUGAUACAGUAUUUUUGCUUUAAGCAUUUGAACAUUCAAAUGGAAAUGUCUACUCUAUACAUAAAUCUUCAACUAGACAAUAUUUGGAAAAAUUAGCAAUAGAAAAUAAACGAACCUUUAAAGUACUUAAGGAAUUUGAAUUUCCUUUACCUAAAAAAUUUUCUAAAUAUCACAAAAAAGGUUAAAAGAAUAUUCUAUUUUAGACCUUGCAUUUACAUAAGUAGAUUUCAUAAAGUUUGGCUAUGUAAAAUAAUAAGAAGGAAAGUAAGAAAUAUAAUUAAAUUGA